AUGGCUUCGGGGCUGUGUAGACGCUCGCUUCUGUCGAGCCUGACGCGAAGGGCUACCAGAACCCCACGGAACCGGCCAUUCUCGACGGGGCCUGCGCCGUCGACCUCGACGACUCCCGGACGGUCCUGGAGGACGUUCAAGACGGUGGCGGGCGCUUUGGGACUGUCUGCGGUAGCGGCGACGUUAGGCGCUAUCUACCCACCGCCGCCUAUCGCCAUUCUUUUUCCCCGCGCUGCUCCUGGACCACCGGCCGACCCACUUUCCCCAGAAUCUAUCGCCUAUACCCAAGAUUUAGAGGCUAAACUCCAGAAUCUACCGCUUUUGAACCAGUUGCGAAAUGCACCUGAUGCUGGGGAAUGGUAUGAGGCCCGUCCGUACAAGGAUUUCCCUGAAGAGCGGCGGGUAAACAACCUGACUGCUGGUGCUCUGCGCGGUCCCGGAAAGCUCGCUUUGCGCCCAAUUGUCCGGGCGAAAAAAGACGAGAGCGAGAGCAUCGUCUUUCUGCAUCUUGGACGAGGCCUUUGUGGACAUGAUGGCAUCAUCCACGGCGGUCUUCUGGCCACUCUCUUGGAUGAAACCCUUGCCAGAACUGCCAUUAUCAACCUACCCGAAAAGGUCGGCGUGACGGCAAAAUUGUCCCUCAACUAUCGUGCGCCUACGAUGGCAGACCAGUUUGUCGUCAUCAAGACGAAGUUGACGGAGAUCAAGGGUCGGAAAGCAAAGGUUUCAGGCACAGUAGAGACGCUCGACGGAACUGUUCUCGUCGAAGCGAGCGCCAUGUUCGUGCAACCACGGUACGCGAAGCUGUUGCAUAGUCCCCAGCUACUCAAGGCUAUGGGCGAGCCACCCAAGGCCGACCAACCGGUCUUGCUGGCAGACGGGGAAGAUUUGAACCCCCACCAUAAACAUAGAUAA